CAUAUCUUAACCAGUGAACAGUUUGGAAAAGAGGGCGUUGUUUGUUCACGUGACCUCUGGCGGAGCUCUACGAGAUCUCGCGAUCAGUUUCACCAAGUUUUACAAUCGUCCAUCACAAGCGGAGGUUGAUCCGGGUAUUCGGCUACUGGCUCAAUGAUUAUUAUUGAAUGAGGAGCCUUACAGCACUUUCGUUUUUUAUAUCGUUUGAAUAAGCUGAAAAGCUGUGGGUGUACAGUUUUACAUUCCACCCCAAGUCCUGACGUGCCAUGAGGAUGUUGACUGUGCUGCCAGUUGGGCUGGUGCUUCUGAGUGUCGUGGCCCUGGGGCAGGCGGCUACGGGAGACUGCCCGCAGACGGACACCAGCGAAGGCCUUGUUGACCUGAAACACGGGGAGAAGGCAUGCGCACCGCUAAAGGCAGGUGAAACCACAAAGGGGGCGCGUUUUGUCACCUGCAACUCUGGCUUUGUCUACACACAAGCCUGCCAGACCAUGUUAAAGUAUGACGUGUUUUCCGGGACUUGUAACUGGCCAUUGUUUGCUUCUUGUACACUCAUCAGCUUCGGUUCUGGAGGUAAUUCUACAACUACGCCGGCCACAACCAAAGCCACUUCUACAACAGCAAGGGCAACCACUGUUAGAAGUUCAACACUGCUCAGUUUAAUUCAAAACUCAUCACCUACAUCGUCUACAUCAGCAUCAACAACAUCUACAGCAGCAACUACAUCAUCAACACCUUUUACAACAUCCACAGCAGCAACUACAUCAUCAACACCUUUUACAACAUCCACAGCCUCAACUACUUCUAUACCUACAACUUCUACAGCCACAUCAUCGACAACAGCAACAGGUACAACGACAACAACAACACCAUAUACAACAACAUCAACAGUCACAACGACGACGACACCACCAUAUUCAACAACAUCGUCAGAUACAACUUCCUCAUCUGCGUCCUAUACACCAACAGAUAGCCAGACCACAACCACUGCAGCUACUUCUACAACCCCAGUGUCGACCACAUCUGCUACAACUUACACACCUACAACAUCAGCACCUCCUCUAAACUCACCACCAACUACUUCAGCAACAACAAUAUCAACAACACAAUAUCCACCACCACCAACUACAUCUCAACAAACUCCAUCAUCACCACCACCAACAUAUCCAGAAACAACUACAUCUUUACAAAACCUACCUACAUCUUCAACCGAACAAUACUAUUCGACAUCGCAUCCCACCACAUCAACGCCACCACCAUCAACAACAUCACAACCAGCAACAACAUCACUGCCAUCAACAACACCACUGCCAUCAACAACACCACUGCCAUCAACAACACCACUGCCAUCAACAACAUCACUGCCAUCAACAACACCACCACCAGCAACAACAUCACAACCAGCAACACCAACAUCACAACCAGCAACACCAACGACCCCACUGUCGUCUACAACACCAUUAUCGUCAACAACAUCAACAACGUCAAUGCAAUCAACGACAUCACUGCCAUCAACAACACCUCUGCAAUCAGCAACACCAACGACCCCACUGUCGUCUACAACACCACUAUCGUCAACAACAUCAACGACAUCAAUUCCACCAACAACACCAACAACGGUGACGACCACACGGAAGCCCUACGUCACUGCUCCCCCGGCGCCCGCUGGGCCCUGCACGGCUGACAACUGUAAACUCCCCGACUGUUUCUGCUUCGGGGCGGUGCCAGACAUGGCGCCCGCCGACCUGCCCCAGUUUGUCAUGCUGACCUUUGAUGACGGGGUCACGGCGCAGCUGUACAACAAAUUCUACCGGGCUCUCAUUGUGGACAACGAUUACAACAUAACCAACCCUAGUGGCUGCCGGAUAAAGACUGCCUUGUUCAUCACGAUCGCUAAUACAGACUUCAGCAAGUUGAAGGCCGUGUGGGAUGCUGGGAACGAGGUCGCCUCGCACACCAUCAACCACGCCACGCUGGUGGGGGAAAAAGAGAGCGACUACCCACCAAUGGUUGAAGCGAUUGAGGGAGUGAGGAGGCUAGUUCUUAACGCCACAGGGAACCAAAAUCUGACCGACGCCAUCUUGGGGUUCCGCGCCCCCUACCUGCGUGUAGGCGGGAACAUGCAGUUCGACGUCCUGCGGGACUACAAGUUUCUCUACGACUCCUCCAUCAGCAACAUCGAGAUCGCUGCCAAAAGGAAACCUGUCUGGCCGUUCACCUGUGAUUACUUGAUCACCAACUGUGUCAACCCGCCUUGCCCCACAAACGCCUACCCCGGGUUUUGGGAAGUCCCGAUGAAUUCCUUGAUUGGUGACAACGGCUACAGUUGUAGCAUGAUAGACGCCUGCUCCGUUGGUGCAGACGUUUUCCAGACGACUCGCCAGGAAUGGUACAACUUUUUUAAACAGAACUUUGAGAGCCACUUCUACCCCGUGAAGGUCCCGAUGCCAAUUUUUACCCACGGCUCCAUGUUCCUCCGCUCCAUAGAAUCCUACCCAGCUCUGGUGGCCUGGAUCAAAGACGUCUUACAAACCCGCACUGACGUCUGGUUUGUCACGCCCAAACAGGUGCUGCAGUGGAUGAAACAGCCGCUGACCAACGCUCAGAUGAUCCAGCAGAAGUGGGGCUACCCCCCCCCCCUGCAGAUAACAAGUAACUUUGUUAAGACCCCCGUCCAGAUAUCAAGCAACUUUGUUAAGACCCCCGUCCAGAUAACAAGUAACUUUGUUAAGACCCCCGUCCAGAUAUCAAGUAACUUUGUUAAGACCCCCGUCCAGAUAUCAAGCAACUUUGUUAAGACCCCCGUCCAGAUAUCAAGCAACUUUGUUAAGACCCCCGUCCAGAUAUCAAGCAACUUUGUUAAGACCCCCAUGCAGAUAUCAAGUAACUUUGUUAAGACCCCCGGCCAGAUAACAAGCAACUUUGUUAAGACCCCCGUCCAGAUAACAAGUAACUUUGUUAAGACCCCCGUCCAGAUAUCAAGCAACUUUGUUAAGACCCCCGUCCAGAUAUCAAGCAACUUUGUUAAGACCCCCGUCCAGAUAACAAGCAACUUUGUUAAGACCCCCGUCCAGAUAUCAACGAGCUGUCUGUCUCAAGCUCAACAUAGCUAUUACCUUUUUUUUUCGAAGUGUCAGCUAACCAUGAAGACCUGGAUCCUCGCCUGCUUAUUGUGCUCGACGUUACGGGCGGUGGGCGCCAACACCCCGUGCAUGGGAGUCAGAACCAGUGAGGGCCUCAGGAAUCUACAGCACGGUGAGCGCGCAUGCGCAGUACUCAGGAAUGGCGAGGACACCUCGUACCUGGGAGUGAACUUCAUCACGUGCAGCUACGGAUAUAUUGUUGUAGAGACGUGUCCGUCCCCACUUAGGUACGAUGUGGCAACAGACUCGUGCAACUGGCAGCAGCUUGCCACCUGUAGACCAAGGGAACAACCUACACCAAGUUCCGGUACAAACACUGCCUACACCAGCGAGCAGGUCCCUAAGCAAACCACAAACGAACAUGCGCCAAAACCAACGGUUUACGAACCGACGCCAAAACCAUCAGCAUACGAGCAGACACCAAAACCAUUAACAUUCGAGCAGACACCAAAACCAACGGCACACGUCCCGACACCAACACUAUCAACAUACGUCCCAACACCAUCACCACCAGCAUACGAGCCGACGCCGACACCAGCAGCCACCAAGGAACCGAGUCGCAGCACAUCACGGAAACCCUACACCCCCGCUCCCCCUGUCCCCAGCGGCCCAUGCACCUCCAGCAACUGUCGCCUCCCCGAGUGUUUCUGCUACGGGGCGCGCCCCAACAUGUCACUGGCCGACACGCCCCAGUUUGUCAUGCUGACCUUUGACGACAGCAUCACGGCCCAGCUGUACAGCAGCUACUUCCGGCCGCUCCUGGUUGAUAAUGACAACAAGGUCUUUAACCCUAACGGAUGCCGCGUCAGGUCAGCCUUCUACGUGUCUCUGGACAACACAAACUACUCCCUGCUGAAAAACUUGUGGUCAGCUGGCCAUGAAAUCGCCUCCCACACCAUCCACCAUAGCCUACCACUUGGCGAUACACCCAGCGACUACCCUGCAAUGGUGGACGAGAUUGACGGCAUGCGUCAGACAGUGCUGAAGGUAACGGGAGAGCAGACGCUGGCGGACUCCAUCGUGGGGUUCCGCGCCCCCUACCUCCGUGUGGCGGGGGAUGUCCAGUUUGAUGUCCUGCGGGACUACGGGUUCCUGUACGACACCUCGGUCACUAACGUGGAGAUAGCCGCACGCAGGAGUCCGCUGUGGCCCUACACCUUUCACUACGCCGUGGGCAGCUGCGUCAACCCGCCCUGCCCCACCAAGUCGUACCCCCUCUGGGAAGUUCCCCUCAACGCCUGGAUGGGAGACAACGGCUACAGCUGCAGCAUGAUCGACGCCUGCAUCGUUGGUGACGGCGUGACAGCAACACAGAAGGACUGGUACAACUUCUAUCAGCGGAAUCUUGAAAAUUACUUCUACCCCGUGAAGGUCCCGAUGCCAAUUUUUACCCACGGCUCCAUGUUCCUCCGCUCCAUAGAAUCCUACCCAGCUCUGGUGGCCUGGAUCAAAGACGUCUUACAAACCCGCACCGACGUCUGGUUUGUCACGCCCAAACAGGUGCUGCAGUGGAUGAAACAGCCGCUGACCAACGCUCAGAUGAUCCAGCAGAAGUGGGGCUGUUAGCGCAUAAUCUAGGCAGACGAUAGUAGCGCCCCUGUACAGACACUAACCGUCUCUGUCUAGUCAGACGCUGGUACUAACCGUCUCUGUCUAGUAAGACGCUGGUACUAACCGUCUCUGUCUAGUAAGACGCUGGUACUAACCGUCUCUGUCUAGUCAGACGCUGGUACUAACCGUCUCUGUCUAGUAAGACGUUGGUACUAACCGUCUCUGUCUAGUCAGACGCUGGUACUAACCGUCUCUGUCUAGUAAGACGUUGGUACUAACCGUAUCUGUCUAGUAAGACGCUGGUACUAACCGUCUCUGUCUAGUCAGACGCUGGUACUAACCGUCUCUGUCUAGUAAGACGUUGGUACUAACCGUCUCUGUCUAGUAAGACGCUGGUACUAACCGUCUCUGUCUAGUAAGACGCUGGUACUAACCGUCUCUGUCUAGUAAGACGCUGGUACUAACCGUCUCUGUCUAGUCAGACGCUGGUACUAACCGUCUCUGUCUAGUAAGACGUUGGUACUAACCGUCUCUGUCUAGUCAGACGCUGGUACUAACCGUAUCUGUCUAGUCAGACGCUGGUACUAACCGUCUCCGUCUAGCCAGACGCUGGUACUAAGCGUCUCUGUCUAGUCAGACGCUGGUACUAAGCGUCUCUGUCUAGCUAGGCGCUGGUACUAACCGUCUCUGUCUAGCCAGACGCUGGUAGCACCUCUGUCUAGCCAGACGUUCUUAAUGCCUCUAAUGUGGUCUAGAUCAUUGUGUCGAGUUUUGGAUACUUUUAAAAAACAGAUGAACUUAUUAUACCAAAAAAUAAAUAAAAAAUCCAUCCUCUUAAAUUAUUCAAGUUUUUAUUUGAAGAUUUCCACACUGCUGUUUCAAAAGUGUGUUUAUUAAAUGACGAAUGCAGUAAAUUAUAGGCAACCUGUUAAAAAGUUAAUUUAUGUAUGAUACAAUUCAUGUGAGCCUCCUGUAGGCCUAUU